UUCGCUUCCUUCGGUUCCUUUUCUGAGCUCGUUCACAGAGUGAGUGAGUGCGCGUUCGCGUUAAACCCGCCAGAAUGAACGCCUGCACACAUCAUUUAGUGACACGCAGCGGCGAGCAGAUUAUCAACAGAUGGAAUUUCGACUUUUACGUGUUAACAGCAUUCGACGCGUUCAGAAACGGAGAUUUUACCGCCUUCACGGAGUUCACCAACAUUAUUGAGAGUUUGGUGGUCAGACCCAUUGAUGGACGCAGUGACAUCAUUAUCAAACUUCGCUUUAUGCAGUUUCUGUCCAGGAUCAACAAUGGAGAUCGGUUAGAUAUCACGUUUGAAGACCCGUUGACACCUCUGGAAUCUGCUCUCAAUGUGCUGAAGUCCAUCUGCAGUGACAUGAACGUCCCUCACGGAGACCACCAGCGCGUGCACAACUGCAUCAAAGAGAUGCUCAUAAUAGUUUGCAUCAGGGCUGGAGAGUUUGAGAGAGCAGAGCAGAUGUUACACAAACACUUUCCUAAAGGAAUGGAUUCAGCUGGAAAGAAGAAGCUGUACACGAAUCUGAUCAGAAACAGACGUCGCUCUCACUCGGCGCUGCAGGUGAACUCGUACAAUGACUUUAAACAGGACAUGCUGGACUUCAUCGACAGUCUCUACAGCCUUCCAGAGCCGUUCCUCCUCAAGAUGUUGAUGAGUCCAGACAGUCGGAGACAGAGUGAAGAAUCUCCUCAGAUCAGCACAUCCCCAAAGAAGCGCAGCACAGCGGACUACACGUGUGCCACAUCAUCCCCACGCCGUUCGGCGUCUCCUCCGGCAGCCCUGGCACAAGUGAGUUUGGAGAAUCUGCGUCUGGUUUACGGUAAACUCAGCGAGAUGUACGGGGUGAGCACACCCUUCUCACAGCUUCAGCGGGACGUGGAGAACGAGGCCCUGAUGGAGAACAGGACACAAUCUGACGCCGAGCUUCAUCUGGCGCUGUCAGAGACGCCGCUCGAGAAAAUCGGAACACAGCGAGACUCCGAGGAGGAGGUGAGGGGCACGGGCGUCCACCCAGAGCUCCAUGAUUCUAACAGGAUGAAGGAGACAGAUGUUCAGGAGCUUCAGAAUGACACGCAGCUGGACUCUGACAGGGGGGAGAAGAACACAGACGUCUCCGGAGAACAGCGCUGUCCGGUGCGAUCCCUUUACACCGGGAUGACCGUGUCUCGUUUAGUGCUGGAGGACGACAGUCAGGCCAGUGAGGAAGACACUCAGGUGGAUACGAUGGCACAGGAAGAAGAGUCCACACAGAUCAACAUCAUCUCACCGGAUAGACCGUCUCCGCAGAAACGUUCUCACAGACGGAUAAAUGCCGACCAUCUUCAGUCUGACCCUGAGUCUCCUGCAACUCCAUCUGUCAAUCAAACACACACGAAGAAACAUCGAAACAAGAGGCGCAGAAUUGCCAGUGAUCCAGACUCUGAUCCAGAGACUCAGACAGAGACAUGUAACGACAGUCCGCUUCCAUCAGUCGAUCAAACACAACGAGAUGAACAGAGAGAGACUCCUGUACGCCACACACGUUACACCAGCUCUUCUCCAUCUGUCAAUCAAACACAACAGGAGAAACAGAAAGAAACACCUGCACGAGCGAAACAAUGUGCCAAAAAUGGUGUGGAGUCUGACUGUGAUCAGAGGACAGAAACUCCUGUACAUCAGACACCAGAGAAACAGCAACAACACAAAAGGCACAUAAUUGUUAUUGAUACAGAAUCAGACUCUCAGCAGGAGGCAGAAGCUCAGAUAGAGACUUGUAAUAGUAUUUCUUCUCCAUCUGUCAAUCAAACACCCCGAGAGAGACAGAGAGAGACUCCCGCACAUCAGACGCGUAACAGCAGCGGCAAGAAGAAACAGAACAAGAGGGAAAGAAUAGCCAGCGAUUCAGAAUCUGACUUUGAGUCAGAAGCUCGGAGGAAAACUCCUGCACAUCACAGCAGUCCUCUGCCAUCUGUCAGUCAAACAAACACUGAGAAACAACACAACAAGAGGGCCAGAAGAUGGCUGGACGUGUCUGGAACUCAUGAGGAUUGGAGUGAUGAAGAGUCGUUGUUCGGCGCCGCUGCGGGGCCAUCACGUAAUUCACAUAAGGAGAAACAGAGCAGAAAGAAGUGGACAGUGGAAGAGUCGAACUGGUUGAAGGAAGGCGUGCAUCUUUUCGGCGAGGGCCGAUGGGGGAGAAUCCACUCGGCGUACCCGUUCAAAGACCGCACACCCGUAAACCUGAAGGACCGCUGGAGGACCAUGAAGAAACUCAAACUGGUGUGACGGCACAUUUUAUAACAAUCUUAACUUCUAACAGUUCUAAACAGAAGUAGAAAACUUUAUUUAAAAAAAAAAAAGCUUUGUAAAUUGUUCCUAAAAUGCCGUUUUAAAAAAGUUUUAAGUUUUCAUUUUUUUGUAUUAAAUGUUUAACACAUUUGCAGCAUUGUUGUUUGGACAAUCUUCUAUGUUUUAUUGUGUUUAAUGAAAAUGGAUUAUGCUGAACGGGUGUAGAAUAAAGAUGUCAUUUCUAGAUCACAUGAUGAUUUUGGAUUGUAU